UGCAGGUGAAACACCUGCAGGUCCGUUUGUGAGGCGAGGGACGGAGAGGAGGAAGAGGCGUUGCUGUCUGUGAUUUCUAACCCGUGUUUGGCUGCCGACAGAGCCGCGCUAAUCUCCCUCCCUCCCCCCGGUGACCGGCUGUCUCACCCGGUAACGUCACGACACUGAAACCAAAGGAAUGCGACACGCUUCGUGUUUCCGAGCCCACGGCCGCUCCACUCGGUUCCGCCGCUUCCACGGUUAAUGUCGCGGCUUCCCAGCUGGAUUCCUCCGCGGAAACGGAUCCGGUGCUGGUUCGCUGGACUCGGUUCUGGUUCAGGUUCGUAAUCUGAUGCUAGCUUGCAGCCGUUGCCAUCAUGUUUGCCAAAAAGAAGAAGUCUCGAAUCCAGAUCUCUGCUCCGUCCAACUUCGAGCAUCGUGUCCACACGGACUUUGACGAGCAGGAGCAGAAGUUCGUCGGGUUGCCGCGCCAAUGGCAAUCCCUCAUCGAAGACACGGCCAAGAGGCCAAAGCCUUUCAUCGACGCGACGGUCAUCACUACUGUAGAACCGCGAAAGACGAUCGUUCGAGGCACGAAGCUGGGAGCAGACGGCUCUUUAACGUGGCUGCUGGACGAGUUCGACACCAUGUCCGUGACUCGGUCGAACUCCCUGCGGCGAGGCAGCCCCCCCACUGAGCCCCGCAGGGAGUCCAGCUCUGCAGGCGGAGAGCAGGAGAACGGCGACCCCCGACCCAGGUACCACACACACCCAGACAGGGACAGACUGAGGCAGGACUACCCGGGCGCAGGGGACCCGCAGCACGGGCAGCGCGGCGUCCAGCCCAGGGACGAGGGCGUGCAGGGCCGGCCCCAGCAGCAGCCCAGGGGCCAGGAGCCCAGCAGGGCCUACAGGGAGCGGUCCGGCUCGGGACAGCAGCCUCGCAGAGACCCCCGGGACCGGGACCAGGACCAGGUGGUCCGCCGGGACCAAGCCGGCGACCACCGUCCCAAGUCCAGCUACGCGGCGCGUGACGGCAGCCCCACGUCUCCGAGGGACAAGAGGCCGCUGUCGGGACCCAACAUCCGAACGCCCAACCUGCCGGUCACCGACGGCGUGAUGAAGACGGCCCAGCAGAACACGCGGCCGUUCAACACGUACCCGAGAACGGACAGCGACGGAGGACGCAGUCCGACGGGACAGGUGGUGCGACACCAUGAGUCUUCCCCCCAGAACGGGCCCUCCAGCAGCUCCGCCCGGGGUUCCUCCAAGCCCCCAGUCAGCCUCCCUCAUUCCCACCACACAUCCCACCCCAGCCUGACCCCGGACUCCUCCCAGGUGCCCCCCACCCCCCACCCCAGCGUGCCGGCCCCGCGGCCCCCCGUGCCCGCGGCGGCCCCGGGGUCGGGCGCGGCGCCGCAGGGCCGCUCCCCGCAGCGGGAGCCCCAGAGGGUUUCCCAUGAGCAGUUCAGAGCGGCGCUGCAGCUGGUGGUGGACCCCGGCGACCCGCGGACCUACCUGGACCACUACAUCAAGAUCGGCGAGGGAUCCACGGGAAUCGUGUGCAUCGCCACGGUGAAGACGACGGGGAAGCUGGUGGCCGUGAAGAAGAUGGACCUGAGAAAGCAGCAGCGCAGGGAACUUCUCUUCAACGAGGUGGUGAUCAUGCGGGACUAUCACCAUGACAACGUGGUGGAGAUGUACAACAGCUACCUGGUGGGCGACGAACUCUGGGUGGUCAUGGAGUUCCUGGAGGGAGGAGCGCUCACCGACAUCGUGACGCACACCAGGAUGAACGAGGAGCAGAUCGCCACCGUGUGUCUGUCGGUGCUGAAGGCGCUGUCUGUCCUGCACACUCAAGGCGUGAUCCACAGAGACAUCAAGAGCGACUCCAUCCUGCUGACUCAUGAUGGCCGGGUGAAGCUGUCAGACUUCGGUUUCUGCGCUCAGGUUUCUAAGGAAGUCCAGCGGAGGAAGUCUCUGGUUGGAACGCCGUACUGGAUGGCACCAGAGCUCAUAUCCAGGCUGCCGUACGGACCAGAGGUAGACAUCUGGUCUCUGGGCAUCAUGGUAAUCGAGAUGGUGGACGGCGAGCCGCCAUACUUCAACGAGCCGCCGCUCAAAGCCAUGAAGAUGAUUCGAGACAACAAGCCGCCCAAACUGAAGAACCUGCACAAGGUGUCCCCUCUCCUCAAAGGCUUCCUGGACCGGAUGUUGGUGCGUGAGCCGGGUCAGAGGGCGACGGCCAGCGAGCUGCUCAAGCACCAGUUCCUGUCCAAGGCCGGCCCGCCGUCCUGCAUCGUCCCCCUGAUGCGACAGAACAGGAUGAGAUGAAGCGCGGCGCUCGACACCUCCGGGCUGUGAAGGCGACUCGGAUGGAUCAGGAUACUCCUGCACUGGGAGCCCCGGCUGUGCGGGAGUAUCCUCCUUAUCCGCUGUGAGUCACUGAACUGUGGGGAGCCACUGAACUCCCCGGAUCAGAGGCAAUAACGACGAAUGCGUGGGUGAAUGAGUGUGAGAUCGUGUGUUUCCGGACGCAGUAAAAGGCUUUUUCUCUUUUUUUUUUUUUUUUUGGUGAACAGCCGGGUUCGAAGGAGUCGGUGACGGUUGGAGUAACUUUUUAAAUCUCACUUACCGACAAUCUGCAAACGUUUCCACUACAGACACUGAACCCGACCUCUGGACCCCUGAAUUUACUACUGACAGCGGCGACCUUUGGACUCGGACUGUAUUUUGUAGCCAUAAUUAUCCUAGCUUCCUGUUGUAAACGAGCAAAAACACACUAAGUGAACAUGUAAACACUGGAGUCAUGGUAGCAGAGGACUUUUUCUCCUUCCACUUAUUUGCUAAUAUUCCUGUGUAAAAACGGUGAACUUAGAGAAAGCGUCGAUAAUUUACCGUCUCUGUUUUUGUGAUUGUUGUAUUUUGUUUGUUGCUGUGCAAAAGCACAAAAUCUUACCAAAUAUAUUUGCAUAGUUUGAAGUGCAAAUAUUUCAAUACAUUUGAAAUAAGACAAAAUAACUUUUCAGCAAAAUAAAGGAGCUUGUUUUAGGCAAAUAAUUAGCUGAUUGAUUAAAAGCAGGACUAGUUAAACUGACUUAUAACAAGACAUUUUUAUAAAUGAAAUAAUCUCCCAGUAGAAUUGGUACUUUUUCAUCAACAUUAAGGGAUUAUUUACUUAAAUAAAACUCUGAUGCCACUUUACAAUAUGGCUUCCCUUACAGAUGACCAGUAAUUUGUAACUAUGUCAUUAAUUAAUCUUUAAGCACUUUAUAAAUCACUAUUAGCUGUUAAUUAUUGUCUAAGUUGUUGUACUGAAUGUUUCAGACUAUCUUGUAAGAACAAUAAGCUUUUGCAAAUGUAUUUUUGGCAUAACAUCUCCUUCUCAUUCUUAAUACUUAUACUUAUUACUUAUUGAUGAUUUAUUAAGUGUUUAUAGAUGAAUGAAUAACAUAUCUAAGAACUAUUUAUUAUCCAUCUAUAAAGGGAGCCUUAUGGUGACGUGAUGCACAAGUUCCUGUAUUUUGCUUAUAAGUUAUUUUCUCUUAUUUCAGGUGUAAUAAGACGUUUGCAUUAGAAACUCCCCAGAAAGACUUGGUGAGAUUUUGAGUUUUUGCAGUGUACAGAGUGAAGCGUAUUGAGCACUGGUGAUGAGAUGCACAGCAGCUGCACUCGCAGUUCGUUCCUGCAACACUAAACCCUUUAGAAGAGACGCUACGGGAGCAUUAACCAAUCAGCACACAGUCCCGUAACACCAGGUCAAAUUUAACUCAUUCCUGCUUUACUUUUUAAUAACUGUAGCAUUUUUUUAGAACAAUAGGCUUCACUUUAUGUUUGAUUUUUUUUUUUAAAUAUAUAUUUAAUUUUUUCACUGUAGAAAAUGAACUAAAAAACUCAAACUUUUUGAUUUCUUGUGAUGUUUUUUUUUUUAUUUUUACGUCUCCUGCUACUAACAAACUGUUUUUACAGUAAACAACAGAUGAAAUCGACCCGUUCUGUUUCUGAAUGACACUUUUUCUCCAUGAAAUGCCACACUGGGGUAUUCCUGCUCCAGCCGGGUGUCAGGCGUCCUCAGAGCACGUCUGCAGGUUUAUCUGUUUGAUCUGGCGCCUGGAUUGUAAAUAAAAUAAACUGUUUGGUUUUCCACAUCCGGAGGACCAGCUUUCCUCCACGUAAACUCAAUCUGUGGUAUUGAUUAAGUGAUUCCUGUGUUUGUUGUAAACACAAACAGCUGUUCUGUGGAAUCA